CUAUGGGGAGGCGCCUUACAGCGCGGGGACCGGGGAAAGGAAGUGCCUGGCGGCCUCCGUCGCGGCCGCUGGUCCCUUCGCCCUCCUCCGCCGCCCGGUAUGCGUUGAGUUGCUUCCCCGCCUGCCUGCGGCGCGCCCGCCGCCCCUCCGAGGUGUGAAUGACAGAGGAGGUGCCCCCGACUGCACUUACAGAUGUAAACCUGCGUCUUCUCUGCCACGAUGACAUAGACACAGUGAAACAGCUCUGUGGUGACUGGUUCCCAAUAGAGUACCCUGACUCAUGGUACCGAGAUAUCACUUCCAACAAGAAGUUCUUUUCCCUCGCAGCCACAUACAGAGGCUCCAUCGUGGGAAUGAUAGUGGCAGAGAUCAAGAGCAGAACAAAGGUGCAUAAAGAGGAUGGAGACAUCUUAGCUUCCAAUUUUCCUGUGGACACUCAAGUUGCUUACAUCCUAAGUCUUGGAGUGGUGAAGGAGUUCAGAAAACAUGGAAUAGGUUCACUCUUGCUUGAAAGUUUAAAAGACCAUAUAUCAACGACUGCCCAAGAUCACUGCAAAGCCAUCUACCUGCACGUCCUCACCACUAACAACACAGCAAUAAACUUCUAUGAAAACAGAGACUUUAAACAGCACCACUAUCUUCCCUAUUAUUAUUCCAUCAGAGGGGUCCUCAAAGAUGGCUUUACCUAUGUCCUGUACAUCAACGGCGGACAUCCACCCUGGACAAUCUUUGACUACCUACAGCAUAUUGGAUCAACGCUAGCCAGUCUGAGCCCGUGUUCAAUUCCCCAGAGGAUAUAUCGACAAGCCCAGAGCCUCCUCUGCAGCCUUCUGCCCUGGUCUGGCAUUUCUGCCAAGAGCGGCAUUGAAUAUAGUCGAACAAUGUGACUGGAUCGGAAGAUGUACAAAAAGCAAAGGAUUGUUCUUCCUUUCAUCUUCUGAACCAUCCAGCUCUGCACUGAUUCCAGUGAUGACGGCUCUUGGUCAGUGACCCAGCCCAUGGACGGGACUCCUUGUUCCACAGGUUGACCAAGAUUUGGCAGACUUCACACUUGAUGGGCUGCAAUCCCGACUUACCCCCAUCGCCCGGAGCCUGCAAGCGCUGCCUGGGCAGGCCUGGCUGUUGUGCAAGGCAUCUGGCUGUGCCAUAGCUGAGGGCCCUUUGCAUCACUGGUCUGUGUGCAUGUUGAACUGUCCCCGCCACUUCCCUUGCCUCUGGUUUGCUCCUAUCCAUAUAUGUGAUGUGGAGGGGUUUGGUUGUUGCUGCCAUGGCUACUGAAAGCAGCGUGAAUGAGGUUAACGACUCUGCACUGACCAACUGUGUAAAUGAGCCAUAAGCACCCUGGCAGGCCACUGCUGGCAGAAUAUACAGUCGUGCCCUUGUUGCCAGGGAAGGGGGAGCUGGGUGAGGGGAAGUGGGGAGCGAGGAUCGUGUCUGGGUCCUGCCAUGUUGUCUGCUGCUGCUGGUGCUUCCUUCAGGUAACUUCCAGGGCAGGUAACUGCCUCACAUGAGAAACUACCCAGCUCCACCAGCCCUUUGGAGUGACUUAAAAAGAAGUAUUUAAUUCAGGAUGUGUCAAGUAGAAGGCAGGGAAUGAAACUGCUAUUUCAUAGUGAAAUAUAUGUAUUAUGCUGUAUAGAUCUUUCUGCCUUUGUCCAAGUUGGAACGUAGCACAGGAGGGGAGCUGGGAGUGUAGAGCUGCUGCUGCAGCCAGAGCCCUGCAGGGUCUGGUCCAGGGCCCUUCUCCUCCCCCGCAUGCACCCUCCCGUGGCACUGGGGCUGGACUCUUGCAGGAUCUUUAUGGAUGAGCUCUGUGCGCAGAUCAUAACAGCUUUUUCUUGCGGAAGAAAAGCGCCCCCAGCUGCUCACUGGAGUGUCUUGGGCAUCACCACAGGGUCAUGCUGGUGGACAGUCUCCUUGCAGCUGUCCAGGAGCCCCCUGUCCUGGCUGCAGGACCCCUGGGGCUGUGUCUCAGCUCAGCAGAAGUUAACGUCCAGCCUGUGGAGAGGCCCUGGUGUGCCACGGCCAGGCCAGGUGCCCUUCCUGCACCUUGGAGCAAGGUUGGGAGAGCUCUUUGCUUUUAAGGUGGGAAUCUACAGCUCACCCAGCCUGGGUGUCAGCAGUGCAGUAUCCCGGAGCACUGCCUGUGUCCUAACACGAAUCCCCCUUCCCUGGCCAAGGCUCUUCCCCUGCUCAGCACCACAUUCCUUGUUGCCCGCUCAUUCUGAGAUGGCUACUUGAUUAGAGGAGGUCUAAGCCACAGCUGGUGCAUCGCCCAUACGUGCAGGCAGUGCCAGCUCUCGCAGCGCUGUGUGGGUGAGACACAAUACAGGGCAGGCUUAGCCUUAGAAGAGAAAGCAAGCAUGUUAAGAUCUUGCAGCCUGGAUGAUCAGACAGUCAUUUCAAUGUCUGUAAGUCCCAGAGGUGGGAGUUAAUUAAAGGUGCAGAAGGAUAGCUUGCUGGGUGUGGUACCAUGCUGCUACCUGAGCAGGGUGGCUGGGACUAGCGUCCUUGCUGUGCCCUCAGCUGCCACGGGGCUGGCAGCGUGUGCUGCUCAGCUCACAGGGGGUUGCAGCACAGACAGCCCCGGUGAGCACAGCUUCCCCUGUGGCCCAGACUGCAGGAAGCAGCUUGAUCCAGCCCCAGGGGGUGGCACAGGGUGUGCGUUGGAGCAGCAGGAGGCUGUUCUGCUGGGAGGGGCUGGUCCCUCUUCUGGGGCUCAAAGAGGUCUGGUGCAAUGACUGACACAAGGAAAAAAGGUCUUGCCAGGAGGCUAGUCAAGCUGUUGGAGAGGCUUUCAAGCCCCCAGAAAACAGCCAGGGCUCACCUCAGUGUUGGCCUUGCUCUGAGGCUGCUGGAGCUGAGCACUCCAGAGGCUCCUUCCAGCCUAUAUGUCACUGGUUCCCCUUCAGUUUAGAAGCACAAGUGGCUCUGGGCAGUCAGCUAUGCUGGGUGCAAAGUUGUGGCCGCUGCCUUUGAGUGCAGCAGGCUGAGUAAGACUCAAGGGAUGCAGUUUUGUGGCAGAUGAUGUGCAACGGGGCUGGAAGCUGCAGGCUGAGCUGGGGCUGGUGCUUGCAGCUGUGGCCAAAGUGCCUCUCUUGGUGUUUUAGCUGGGCCAUGGGGUGGAAGAGGUGCUCUGCCACCUGCAGCUGGGGCACUGAGGUAGCAUGGUGGGGUCAAAGCCUACUGCCACCAAAGUGCCCCACUGCAGGGCUGCAUGCUCCUGUCUCUGAGCUUGCAGAAGACAUGGGCAGGGCUGUGUAGCCCACAGCUCAGCUGAACUGCUCAUGGCACCACAGCCUAUGCAUGUGUGUGGGCUCCCUGUGUGUCCCCCUCCUGUGCUGUGGAAUCAGCUGGGUCCUUUGGCUGGGCUCCAGCUGCUACCGCCUCACUGGGGUGCUCAGCAGCCUGGCAUAGCCAGCUCACUGCUGAGUGGCUGUGCCUGUAGUACUGCCCAUGGGGAGCAGAUGUUGCCUUGGCUUUGCCAAGGCACUGGCAGGGAGGCUUUGGCCGUCCCCAUUGAUCCCCUUGCAGCCCAGCUGGCCCCUGCUGGCAGGGAAGGCAGCAGUAGGAACUGCUGCUGUCCCUCCUGGCUGCAGCGCUUUCCCAGAAGAGACCUGCAGCACCCCUCCAGCCUCAUUUAUGUUACUGCUUUUUUGUUUGGGUUUUUUCCUUUUGCUUAGCCACUUUUUACUUAAACACAUCUAUUGGCUUAUAUGAGUUUCUCUAGCCACUCAAGCCCAUUUUUUCUCAUGACUUGCUUUCUCUGGAUGAGACUGCAUCUCUCUCUCUCCCCUGACUGCCCAGGACUGAGGUCCCACCAUCUAUCCUGCCCAUUACACAACCCACCUCCACAGCUGCUGCACUUGACUAUGUCCUGCAGAGAGCUGUGAGUGGUCUGUGUGCCCCCCUACCAACCUGUCCUCUGAGGCAUUGGCCACCUUGCAGCCUGUUAUUUAUUGAAGAGCAUUGUGCUGCCACCAUCAGCCUCUCUGAAUGUCUUCAAUUAAACCAAACCUCUUUUCUGA